CCUCUGUGCCUUACGCUUCUACCGUCGCUGGGAAUAUUCUUCUUUUGGGUCAAAGGAUUCGCUACUUUCCCCCCAAAAGGUUACUGUACUGAGAGUUUUAUAUCAAGUGCUCGUGAUACAAAAGUUGAAAAGCUGAAGAGAUGAGGCGGAUUACGAAUAUUCUGCGCCUCUCGCUGCUGGUCUUAAUCUCACUUUUAGCAGUAGACGGUUGGAUUAACCAACUUAAUUUGACCUUAUGCCGGCGGGACAUCCGGUGCUACAGAAAAGCUCUCAUCUGCGAACGGCGCCUCAGAUUUCUUGAGCUGGAGGUCUUCAUGCUGAGGGCCCUCAACGAAUGUCAAACGGCAACUCAGGGAGGAAUCGGGCCCUUCAAAGCAGCCACAAUAACCGAUCUUGAAAAUGUUUUAGCGACAGCAGGUGACGACAGAGUGAGAGAUGUUGCUAGAUGCAUGUUCACUCAGCUUGGACUGUGGAAGAACGGAUCUGUGGACCAGGUUGCCUUCUACUACAUGCUGAGUUAUGCAAACAUCAGUUCUGACAUGGCAUCACAGGAGGCUUUCUUAGACGCUCUGAGUUCCUGUCCGGCUCCAGAACUUGAACAGAUGCCUAAUUUCCUCGGCUGCGUUGUUCAAGCUUGUGUUCAGUCAACUUAGAUCAAGAAAAAACAAGAACAGAUUUUCCAAGCUUUGUCUUCAAUCAACUCACACUACGUAAAAACAAUAUGAAAUUCGUGUGUUUCUCAUGUAAACUUUAAGGUACUCAAAAUAUUAUAACCUGUUACUGUAACAUAUAACUGACUGUUAAGUACAUGUUAUUGUAACAUACAACCAGUAGUUGUAAUUUAAGCUAAGACCCAACCAAUUACUGUGGAUAAUAGUUAACAACAUGUUAUUGUAACAUAUACCAAAGUUGUAAGUUAAGCUAUGGCACAGCAAUUACUGUGGAUAACAGUUAAAAUCUAACAAAAUGUUAUUGCAACAUAUUAUAAGUUGUAAUCUAAGCUAAGACACAAACAGUUAUAUGCUGUGGACAACAGUUAACAACCAGUUAUUGUAACUUAUAACACGCAAUUUAAGCCAAGAAACAAUUAUUGAGGGUAACAGUUAACAUUACCAACAUGUUAUUGUCACAUAUAACAAAGUUAUAAUUUACGCCAAGACAAACAAUUACCAUGGAUAUUAGUUAACAAUAUGUUAUUGUAGCAUAUAACAAAGUUGUAAUUUAAGCUAAGACACAAACGAUUACCUCUGGUUAACAGUUAACAGGUUAACACUCGUGUCCAAACAAAGAACUGUGAACUCGACUAAAUGAACACUUCUGCAAAUACAGUAUACUGUAAGUAUACUGAAUACAACAUUUUUUUUUUUUGCAGAUAUCCAGUAAAUAUACUAAAUCACAAAGUAUGGUCUUUGUCUUCCUGAAGAUGGUGAUAAUGUUAAACGUAACACUAUUACUUAAUUACCAAUGCUACAUACUAUCUUCACCUAAACCAUUUCUUCAUGUUCUUUAUACGUAUGAAUUUUUGUAAGUCUUCCUUAAUACUGUAAAUUAAUCGUAACUUAAAUAAAAAAAAAUUGCUCAA